AUGGUUUGGGAAACAAAGUUGCAAUGGGAUGACCCUAUUACAGAUACUAUUUUCAGAGAGUGGAAUUUGGCUAAAAACUGUAUUCAAGAUAUAAAUCAAUGUCGUGUGCCAAGGUGGCUCCAUACAAAAGAAAAUCAAGAAAUAGAAUUGCAUGGAUUUUGUGACGCAAGUACGAAAGCCUACGCUUGCGUUGUGUAUUGCAAAACAACGGGUCAAUCACCUACAAUCGUGUUAGUCGCCGCGAAAACAAAAUUAGCGCCCAUCAGCAAAAAACUUUCUUUACCUCGACUUGAAUUAAGUGGGGCACUGUUACUGUCUAAAUUAAUUUUAAAAUUAAAACAAUGCCUAAACUAUUAUGAAAUAAAAACUUAUUGUUGGGUUGACUCUCAAGUUGUGUUAGGGUGGCUCAAUGGAGAAGCAGAAAAAUGGAAGCCAUUCGUUGCCAAUCGAGUUAAAACUAUUACAAACUCAGUACCAUCCGAAUGUUGGAGAUACGUCAAAUCAAAAGAGAACCCGGCGGACUGCGCUAGCCGCGGUAUCACAACAUCAGAAUUAAAAGAACAUUCGCUGUGGUGGCACGGCCCAGGAUGGUUAAAGACGCAUGAAUAUCAAGAACAAAACCAAAACCAUAGCUACACCACGAAUGAAGAAAAAAGAACAGCAAAACAACGCCCAAUUAUCAAACUCUCUGUACUGCCAGUUCAUGAAACAAAGGAAGAUUCAUCUAUAUCAAAUACAAAACAAUCUCAAAUUAACUUAAAAACAAACGAAGACAGCCCUAAAACUAAUAAAAUUAAAACUAAACAAAUUAAAUUUUCAAAUCUAUGUUUAUCCUUAUUAUAUUUAUUUAUUACAAUAAUACCUACGUCGAGUGCCUCAUUCAAAAUAACUCCUAUACAAAAUAAUAGCAUAUAUUUCGACAAACUCGCCGAUAUGAAAUUAAUAAGAGACGAAUGGAAGAUAAUUUCUUAUUAUGACAUGAAUCCAUAUUGGCAAGGAACAACAGCAUGCAACGAUUACAUAAAAUACUUAGAUCGCCUUUGUAUAAAAAUAAAAGGAGAUUCCCAUUGUGACGUCAUAUCAAUCCAACUACAACUUGAGUACUCGGAAUUGGAAUACAAUAACCACCUGUUGCUUAGUCAACAUUCCGGCACGCGCCAAGACAAGCGCCGACGCCGCGGCCUUAUCAAUGGUGUCGGAUAUAUUGCUAACAGCCUAUUCGGUGUACUCGACGAUCAUUUCGCCGAACAAUAUAAACAAGAUAUCCAAUUAACAAGAGACAAUGAGAAUCAUUUGGCUUUACUUCUAAAAAAUCAAACGUCUGUCUUAGAGGUUGAGUAUAAUAUUUUGAAGAGGAAUGAAGAAUCUCUCAAUAAACAACACAAAAUGCACAAUCAGCUUUCCAUGAACCUUGAAAACUUAGAAAAUUUUCUAAAGAGUGAAUCCGCAAAAAAUGCUUUAAUUAAUGAAUUUAAUUUGGGUGCAAUAGCAGUGAGUAACAUGUUAAGGCAAUUAGAAACAAUGCAGACUACAUUAUUAAAUACCGUAAUAGACGUCUAUCAUGGCAGAUUCAAUUUUCAUUUGAUAAACCCAGACCAGCUAAGAAAUACACUAAGUACUAUAUCAUCUCAC